AUGAGAGUCGCGUUUGCUUCAGCGUCGUUCGCCUUCCUCAGCAUCGGUUUGUCGACGGUCUCCAUUGGCCCGGAGUCGGUCCCGGGGCUCACGACGGCGAACUUUGCGAGGAACAUCUACCGUGAAGCCGAGGGUAUCGCUUACCAAACACAAGACGCACUCACAAUCAACAAACAGACGUUGUUUCUUCCACCAACACAUGGCUUUGGUCACCGCGAGGAGCCGGAACAGUUCCGGGACUGCGCAACUUCGCUCGGCCAACGUGCUCAGGACUACGCAGCCUUCUUGUUUCGCCAAGCUGAGCAAUCGGUGGACUCCACUGCUGCCGUGCAACUGCGCGACAUCCAAAACACGAUGCAAGAUAUCGUCCAGGAGGCAGAAGACUUAAGAGGGCUCUUCCUACCGGUCCACACUGAGUCGUUUGAUGAUAUCCGGCGAGGUAUCGAGGAGGUCCUCGCAGACCUUUUGGAGAAGUUGAAGGACGAAUUCCCGCCGCCUGAUCAUGCGCCGAAUCAUAUCGAACGAAAGGGAAAUGCGUCAUUGGUCCUUGGUAGAGUAGAGGAGGCCAUCAUCGGGGUUGUUGUGCAACAUGGGAUGGAGGAGGAAGAGCUCAGGGCACGUCUCGGAGCGCGUCGAAGUCGUUAUCGCGAUUUGGCGGAGCAGCACCCAUACUUGACCGAGACGUUGCUCGUUGCAGGCAUCAUGCUCAUCGUCCCGGAGUCUUGGAUCCUUCGCCCGCUGUUCAAUUUCUUCGGCAUGUCCCCGAAAGGCCCUGUUAAAGGUGAGAGUCAGCGUCUCCGCCAUAUCUUGACAGUCGUGUAA